AUGCCUGGCAUUCCGUUUGGCGCGCUCGACAACCUGAAGGGCAAGCUCAAGGCUGCCUUCAAGAAGCGAAACGAGAAGAAGGUUGCCGGCAAGACGGAGCCCGCAAAGACCGAACAAACUACCGCGACCACGACUGCCCCCGCCACUGAGGCUACCAAGACUGAGACGGCUGCUGCCCCUGCUGCUGUCGCUGCGCCUGCCCCAGCUGCUGCUGCUGCUGCGACCGUGACCGCUGCUACUGCUGCCGCCCCGGCCGAGGCCCCUGCUGCCGAGCAGAAGAAGGAGGAGACCACUGCUGCUGCUCCUGCUGCUGCGACCACUGAGACUCCCGUUGCGGCUCCUGCUGUGGCUCCUGCAGAGGCUGCUACCGCUGCCCCUGCUGCUACCCCUGCUCCCGCCGCUGAGGCCGCUGAGAAGACCGCAGCUCCCGCGGAGGCCCCUGCUGCAGAGGAGAAGAAGGAGGAGACGGCCGCUGCUCCCGCUCCUGCUGCCGCUGCCGCCGCCCCGGCUGCCGCGACGGCUUAA